GAGUUUCAUGGAGCGUUCUCAGGAACUACUCUGCCAGCGCCAAGGAGAAGGCGAGGAGAAAUGCCAUCUGCGAGAGGACGCAGCUGCUGGAAGUGCUGAAAGCUCGAGCGAAGCAGCUCCAAGCCGGUCAUGUCCCAGAGGUGACGGUCAGCAAAGUGGAGCUGGCCCCGCUGGGGAGUGACAAGUACCUGGACCCGCUGCGGAAUGUGGUGACUGCUGGCCCCGCGGAGGAGCAACCCGCCGCUGCCAGGGGAAGGGAAGAGAGCGCAGCCCGGCCCAUCAACUGGGUCGAGAAGUUAAAGGAGGAGAUGCAUGUUCGGCAACUGAAGGUGGAGCAGAAGUUAUCCGUCGCUGCCUCCCAGCUGGCUCUGGGGAAAAAAAUCAAGGUCAAACCAAAGUGCAAGAGGAAAGCUAAAGCCAAGAAGCUCAAGAGCUCAAAGGCUAAAGCGGCCGGUGCCUGGAGCCAGAGCCGCGCUGGCUUCCGCAGUGCCUAUGCCUAUGUCAAGCCCUGGGUGGUGGCUAUAAGGGCGCAGAGGCUUCAGCAGGGGCUGGACAACAAGGACAGCAGCCAGUACAAGAUCCUGCAGCAGACCAUCCAGUCCAACCUGGAAUGCUACCUCUUCCUGCAGCAGCCAGAGGAGGCCGAGAGGUUCCUACUCUUGUACCACAGAUCCCCUGCGAAGAGAAAGCUUCUGAACGUCAACGCGUACAACAUCGUGAUGCGUAGCUGGGCCAGGAAGGGCCAGCUGCAGCACAUCAGCCAGCUGUUUUCCAUGCUGGAGUCCGUCGGCCUCCGGCCCAACCUGGACUCCUACGCCGCCCUGCUGGAGUGCAUGGGUCGGAGCCAGUUGCCUGCCAAAACCAUCCGGAGGUAUGUGCAGCAGCUGAAGAAAGAUGGCUUCCACGUGAACGAGCUCUUCCAGAAGUGCCUUUUUGAGGAAGAUGAGAAGGAGAAGGUGCUGAGUGCCAUCAGGAUUGUCAGCCCCAAGUACCAGCUGCCCCGUCUACCCAGCCCCGAGACCUGCAAGUCUUCUCUGCUCCAGGACUUCUACUCCAGACGCGAGCUGCUGGCUACGCUUCGCUCCCAGUGGCACGACUCCAUCCUCCAGGCCCUGCAGCAGUCCAGACGCAGCAUGUCAUCCAACCUCAGGACCAUCUCGGGGUACAACAUCCUGUACCCCUACCUAUGCCUGCUGCCGGACGAGGAGUACGUGGGCAUCAUGAUGCAGAUCCUCAACUCCCUCUCUCCGCAAGGCGAGUCCCUGGCUGUCUUGGCCAGGGAGCUGGGCUCCAAGAUCUACAACAGGUACAUGACGCAGAGGAAGCUGCGCAGCCGCCAGCUGGAGAAGGUGCAGGAGGUCUAUGAGGGCUACAUCCAGCUGCUGGCGAAGGACGGCCCG